GGAAAAGACCCAAACUUUGAGAAACAAAAACAAUCAAGAAAGCUUCCUUUCCUCCUCGCGUGAAGAAAGAGAGAGAGACAUUCCUUUUGUUCCCAGAUCGCGAGAAGGAAGAUAUAUGACAACUGGGUUUCUCUGUUCUCAGCCCUAGUUUCCCAGAAAAAUGGGAUCUUUCCUUAUUUCAUUCGGAUUUGCGCUGAUUCUGGUGUGUUAAAAGUUUCUUUCUUGGAAAAGAGAGAGAGAGGGUAAAGUUGAGAUUAUCAUCCUAGUUAGGGCUUAGGAGGCAUCGAUGGAGCAUCUUGUGGGAAAAAAGUUUCGGCUGGGAAGGAAAAUUGGAAGCGGUUCUUUUGGAGAGAUCCAUCUCGGUACUCAUAUUCAAACCAACGAAGAAGUCGCCAUCAAGCUUGAAAAUGCAAAGACAAAACAUCCACAGCUGCUCUACGAAUCCAAGUUAUACAAACUUCUACAGGGAGGAACUGGUGUUCCAAAUAUCAAGUGGUUUGGUGUUGAAAGUGACUACAAUGUGCUGGUCAUGGAUUUACUUGGCCCUAGUCUUGAAGACUUGUUCAAUUUCUGUAGCAGGAAACUUUCUCUCAAGUCCGUUCUCAUGCUUGCUGAUCAAAUGAUAAACCGUGUUGAGUAUUUCCACUCUAAAUCUUUCCUUCACCGAGAUCUCAAGCCAGACAAUUUCCUCAUGGGGCUAGGAAGACGCGCAAACCAGGUAUACAUCAUCGACUUUGGUCUUGCUAAGAAGUACAGGGAUAACACUACUCAUCAGCACAUUCCUUACAGAGAAAAUAAGAAUCUCACUGGAACUGCAAGAUAUGCUAGUAUGAAUACUCACUUGGGAAUUGAACAAAGCCGAAGGGAUGAUCUCGAAUCUCUUGGUUACAUUCUCAUGUAUUUCCUUAAAGGAAGUCUUCCAUGGCAAGGACUUAAAGCUGGAACCAAGAAACAAAAGUACGAGAGAAUCAGCGAAAAGAAAGUCUCUACUUCCAUUGAGUCUUUAUGCCGUGGCUACCCAUCAGAGUUUGCUUCUUACUUCCAUUACUGCCGCUCGCUUCGGUUUGAUGACAAACCGGAUUACGGUUAUCUCAAAAGAAUAUUCAGAGAUCUCUUUAUCCGUGAAGGGUUUCAGUUCGAUUAUGUCUUUGACUGGACCAUACUGAAGUACCAACAGUCACAACUGACAGCUCCUCCAACCCGUGGCCUCGGAACUCCUGCAGCUGGAACAAGUGCGGCUUUGCCUCCAGGAUUGACCACCAUGGAUAGAUACGCAGGGGAGGAAGAAGGAGGAAGGCCACCGAUGGAUUCAUCAAGAAGGAGAACGUCUGGUGCUCUUGACAACUCUGGCAACUUGAGAGCCCCAAUGAUGCAUAGCUCGUCGGUGUUCGCGCAAUCAGCAGGAUCAUCAAGGAGAUUAACAUCGGAGGAGCUACAGAGGUCCCGUACGGGCAGCGGAUUAAGAAACACACCGGUGGUUACAACGUCGGAAGGGAAGAGGUCUUCUUCCACCAGAAAACAUUACGAUUCUGCCAUCAAAGGCAUCGAGACUCUUCAAGUCUCCAGCGAAAGGUUUCACCACCAUUGAUGAUGAUCCAUCUGUUAGAGAAAAACAUGUCGUGUUUAUUUGUUCAGAACUCAGAAGUUAUUAUUUAUAUGUAGUUUUCGGCUCUAUAUUGGAGAAACUAGAAAAUUUGUUACAUUUUUUUGUUUCUUUAUAAUUUUGAUUUUGAUCUUUUCUA